GGCCAUUUCUGAUUAUUAAGUUUAUUUUUACCAUUGAUGACAUGCUGACGUGGUAAAUGUCAAUUAGUCUACUUUGUCAUGGCAAAUUGACAAUAUUUAUGUGGUGGUGGCUAAAUUUUCAGAGAUUAAGGUGAAUACUAUUAAUUUGAUUUCCGGACCAGUCCGUAAUAAAUAUACGGAUUUACAACCGUUUCGCUAAGAACAGUAAUUAAUACUUCAUAUUCUUAAUGUUGAGGGAGUGUGAGCCAUGUCGAACACUAAAAACAUCGAUCAUCCCUCUGAGAUGGAAUUGUCAGAGGAAACCACUGCGAGACUGCCCUCCAGUGAAGUGUCCAGUGUCGCGGGAAGUGUAAAAACGACAAGUACAACUCCUCAAUUUACAUCUUCAUCAGAAAGACAAAUAAAAUUUGAACGAGCUCAAAAAUGUCUUGAGAAUGCAGCUCUUGUAUCUAAGCGUAUCAAAGAACAUAGGAAAGCCACAGCAGAGUUACUUGGACGUCCAUUUGAAGAUGAUGAUUGUGCUGAUACAUCUUCGGAAAUGGCAUCCACCAUGAGUGAACGGACAGGAUUUUCUACAGCCACGGAUACUUCAACUACUUUGUCAGUGCAGGAUGCUCUAAACAUACCUGGAAUAAGUGAAAGUUUGGCUAAUACUUUAAAACAAAAAGAAAUACUCAUGGAGAAAAUAAAACAAUACAAAGAAUUAAGUAAAAGGUCUUCAACUACCAUUGUCCGCAAGGAAUCAAUUACAAGUACUAAAACAGAUUCAAAAAAGAGCACACAAUUAGGCGAUGUAACCCAUUUAAGUAACACAAUAAAAGAAAAAGAUAACGCCUUAAGUGUUUUGCAAGUCAAGAUGAAAAUUAUGGAGACGACUAUUCUAGACUUGCAAGAAAAAAUAAAUGAAAAAGAUCAAAUAAUAGAAGCUAAAAAUAAAGCGACAACACUCAUGUCAGAUACAUUAAGCAAAAAAGACAAAGAUUCCCUCGCUUUGUUAGAAGAUACGAAACAGCAAAUGACAAAAAUGCAGGAAAAUUUUAUUGCAAUGGAAGCAGAAUGGAAAGAUGAAAAACAAAGGCUACUGAAAGAUAUUGAAUCUAAAGAUGUGAGGAUCAGUAGUUUAGAAGAAGCUAAUAAAUUACUUGAAGCAGCCCGAUUCGAAAUCAGUCUCGAACAUUCGAAAUUAGCACAGGAACUAGAACAGAAAAAUAAAGAAAUUACAGAGUUUGAAGAGAAAAUCAAAGAGUUGGCUAAACAAAGUAUUGAACCAAGUUGUGAGGAAAAAACUGAAAUAGAAGAGAAAGGUUCCCUUGAAAUAGCCAACAUGACAGAAUUAACAAAAAAAAUUGAAUUACUAGAACAUUUGAAUUGUCAAAUUAGACAAACUAACAAAGAACUUGAAAAUAAACUAGCCACAAUGGGCACUGAAUCAAAAGCAGUAAGCUCCCCAAGUAAAAAAGGGAGUCCUUUAAUAUCUAGGAAAAGUGGUAGAAAUACAGCCUCCAAAAUGAAGUCUCCAUGGAGUCAGCUGUCGUCUGAAACUCUCAACCAGGACACAGAUAAGAAAAUUAACAAAAAUGAAAUAGCAAAAUUAGAAAUGGUCAUUCAAUCAUUGAAUAAAGACCUUGUAGAUAAGGAAUAUGUUAUAUCCGAAAAAGAUACUUUACUGGCUGAAAAAGAGAAGUUAUUGGCAGGUAAAGACACAUUAAUAGCACAGUUACAGUUGGAACACCAACAACAUAUGGAAGGGCCGAGUUUGAUCCAUGUUGGCACAAAUACUGAGGAUGUGAAUGAGAUAGCAAAAGUGCAAGAGCAAUUAAAGCAAGAACUAAAUGAUGAAAUUAAAGAUGUCAAUGUAAAAGAUCUUAUAGAGAAACUAAAAUCAGCUGAGGAGCAAAUCACUCAGCUCAAUGAUGAAAUUGAUGCUGCAAAUAAAAAUAUGAUAAAAGUGAAAUCUAACCACAAAUUAAAAUUAAAACAAAUGCAAAAAACAAUUGAUAAUUUCAGUAAAGUAUCUGAUUCAAACAAAGAAAUUGUCAGACUUACUGAAGAACUACAUCACCUAUCACAAAAGGUGGCUGAGUUGGAGGAGGAAAAGGGUAAUUUACAAUUACAUCUUGUAGACUAUGAUAGUGGUAGAAUGAUUGAAUCUGAUGUUUACAAGAAAAUGAUAGAAAUGGAGAAUCUGGCUGAGACUAGAUUAAAGGCAAUUAGUCUAUUAGAAUCACAGAAGUUUGAUUUAGUUCAAGAAUUGCAUAUAUUACAACAAAAAUAUGACGAAGUAGAGGAUAAGCUUGCAGAUAUAUCUCAACUUCAAAGUGAUCAAGUUUGUUCAGAAAUUAAAUCAGUACACUUGGAAGAGCAAAUUGAUGCCUUAAGUGCGUCUAAAAAAGAAUUGGCAUUGGUAAUAGAAAAUCUAAAAUUGGAUAAAGAGCAGCUGUAUGGAACCAUUAAAGACUUAGAAAAUGAUAAAGAAGAUAUAAUGAAUAAAUUGCAAAAUUACAUACAAGAAAAUAUGGAUUUAACUGACAAAUUGGAAAAAAUGAGCGCGGAGAAAGUUAGUUCAGCCGAGUCUAUCGAAAUAGUAGAAUCAUUGACUACCCAAGAAAAGUUAGAGCUUGAAGAAUACAACAAAGCGCUGAGUAAAGAUGAUGAAUGUGACAGGGAGAACAUUUCUCCCACUAACGAAACAAACAUUGAUUGUCUAAUAGAGCAAAGUACUGACUUAAACAAAAAGAUCGAUCUGUUAACACACGAAAGAGAUGAGAUCUUUGCCAAAAUAAAUAAAUUGAAUGUUGAGAAUGAAACACUUCAUCAAACUAUUUCUGAUCUGAGCAAUAAGUGUGCUGGAUUGCAAACAAACAUUGAAACACUGAACAAUGAAAAAUCUAAGCUAGAAGAAUUGAAUCAUGAACUCACUCGUCAAAUAGAAGAAUUAAAACAUGAACGAAUAGAAAUAGUGAAAGAAACAGCAGAGUUUACAAAACCACUAAAUACUGAAGAGGCAACAGAAGCUUCUCAAUUAGAAUCGCAGCCUGACGAAAAAUCAAUUGGAGAAAAAGGUCUUAACAGAACGAAAUCAGUCAAACAACUAACAAAAGAAAUACUCAAAUUAAAGAACACCAUAAAGGAAAGGGAAGAUGAAAUAGCAGACUGCCAAAUGAAAAUAUUAUCUUUGGAAGAACAUCAGCAAAAACAAAAUGAAUUGCUGCACAGUAAUAGCCGUUUAGAAAAUAAAUUGAGGUCUUUACAAGAGGAAAAUCAACAUUUGAAACAAGAAAUAGAAACUAUUAAUAAAAACCAGGAAUCUGAGCAACAGCUAUUACAAUACAAAGAGGCCCACGACAGCUUGCAGCAAGAAGUACAAAAAUUACAUCGUGACUACUCUAAUGCUAUUAAUGCCAGAGAUACCAGAAUUAACGAACUUGAAACAGUUCUAGUUGAGUAUGAAAAACAAAUUUACAGCAUAGGAAACACGUUGCAACAAAAAGACAAAGAGCUAAACGAAUACAUAAAUCAGGUAACGAAACUAAAUGACGUUUCGCAAAAACUAAAAUCCACCAUUGAGCUGCUCGAAGAGGAAAAAGCUAAAGAUCAAAAUGCUGAUGUUAUUAAGUCACUGAAUAAGCAAAUUGCAGUACUACAAAAGAAAUUGGUUGAAUUUGAAGAUAAGGUAAGAAUAUUGGAAGAAGAAAAGGGACAAGUAAUGACACUGAAGAAUGUUCUAGAAAAUACAAAUAUCAGCUUAGAAAGUGAAUUAAAAAAAUUGCAAGAACUAUACGCGGAAAAACAAAUACUUAUCAAGGAAUUACAAGCCCAACAAAACAUGCACUCGGAAGAAAUGACAGCACUAGUUAAUCAAAACAAAGAACGAGAUGAAGAAAUACAUGAAAUUAAGCUUCAGUUAAGAAAAGAAUCUAUAGAAAAUGAAAAAUUACGAAAUUCUUUAGGAUCCAAAGAGCAAUACGCUAAGGAUAUAAUGCGUACAUUGGAGGAAACAAAUCAUAAAGUAAAUGAACUAACCACUGAAAAACAAAACUUGUCACAAGAAUUAUUAGUUUUGGAAUCUAAAAAUAAAGAAAUAAUGGAAAAAUUAAAGAAAUUCGCUGUUACUAUAAAGAAAAAAUCCGCAAUGUAUGUAGAAUUAGAAAAUACUUUACAUGAAACACAAAAGCAAUUACAAGAAAAAAAUGAACAACUAGAAAACGUAUUUGUUCAGGUUGAUACAUUAUCGCUGCUGCGAGAUAAAUUAAAACACGCAGAGGAAGAAAUUGACCAUUUACAUUCUAUAAAAGCAUCAUUAGAUCAACAACAAUCGAAUAAUAUUCAACAAUUACAAAACAAAAUACUAAAAUCAGAAGAGAAAUUAAAACAGUCUUCAGAAGAAAUACUCAGUUCGUCUGAAAAAAUAGCUACUUUGCAAGAGCAAAUCGCAAGUAGUAGUCACGAAAAUAGUAUUCUUAGAACACAAAUUGAAAAUUUAAACAAAAAGUUAGUGGAACACGAAAUAGAGCAAAAAAAUAAUACUAAUUACACUACAAAAAUAGCUACUUUAGAAGCUGAUAUAAAUCAGAAAAACAAUCAGAUUUCAGAGUUACUUGCAAAAAUAAAUCACGAAGAGCAGUCGAAAAUCCAAACGCAAUUUGGCAUUGAUGCUAAAAUCCAAGAAAGAGAUUUAUAUAUCGAAAAUAUAGAGAGUGAAUUAAGCAAGUACAAGAGCCGGAUUUGUCGUCUAGAAGAAAGUAUCGCCGUAAUGGAAGACAGGAGGUAUUCAUUAGAACGUAAAGCAGAUCAGUUAGGUAGUUAUUUGCAAGAAAAACAAAAGGCAUACAGUGAGUACACAAUUCAAGAAGACGAAUUGGUCAAUAGACUGGCUGUUCUUAUGGAUCACGACAGGGUUGUCGAAAAACAAUUACUUGAAAUUGAACACGAAAACAAAGAACUUCAGAAGAAAAACCAAAUUCUGCUAGAAGAAAAUCAAAAUCUUCAAAUAUCACUAUCAGAUAUGCAGCAACACUAUAAUGCUCUAGUUGAAAAAGCCAACAGAACUGAUUUGGCCGAGUCAGAAAGCACGAAAUAUCAAACUCAACUCCGUGACCUUGAAUCGAAUUUAAAACGAAUUACACAUGAACAUCAAACACUAAUUGUUCAGAAAAAGAAAGAAAUUGAGGACUUAGAAAUUGAAUUUAACACACAAAUAGAGAGUGCUAUACGAGAUAAGAAAGUUCUGAAUGAGAAAUAUGAAAAAAAUAUAGAAUAUGUAACACAACUGGAAGCACAGUUGCAAGAAUAUAAAAACAAUAUUGAAAACCUCAACAUGAAUGUUGAAGAAUUGAAUAAAAUGAAUCUUGAACUCAUUGAUAAACAUGUACAGAAACAGCAAACGCAAUCACCGGACUAUACUGAACAGUACAUUAAUGAAAUUAAUAAAUUAAAUGCACUACUUAAACAAAAAGAUGAAGAAAUAAUAGCGUUAAACCAAAAAAUAAAUAACGCUCAAGUAAGCUACAUGUCUAUGGUUUCAGAUUAUGAAAGUAAAUUAGCCCAAUUUACUACAAAACUUGAAAAUAUGGAAGAAGAAAUGCAGCGAGUUUCAAAGCAGUUGCUUGAUUCAAAACAGCAUAACGAAGAGCUACAAAUUUUAGUAAGGGAAAAAGAUGAUCAGAUCAAAGAAUUAAAAGAAACCAAACUGACAUUUGAAAUGAAUAUACCUAAAACUGAAGGCAUGAUCAUUUCAUCUACUAUAGAGCCAAUGAGUGACGAUGCGAACAAUGUUGAUAUUUCGUCUAUAGAAUCACAAAUAAUUUCAGGUGAUUCUGAACCACCUUUAUUCAAAAUGGACGCAAUGAAAAAAACAUCUGAACAAAUUCAGAAACAAUCUGUUGGAAAAGGUGAAUAUGAUGCCAUUUCUGAGCCGGUAAUGGUAGCUAAGAAAGCAUACGUGUGCUUUGGCAACGAAGAUGUUUCAGAACAAGAUCCAUUCAAUUCCGACGAAGGAUGGGGCUUAGGUGAAUCUGAGGAAAUCGAAGAUCCAACACCAGGAUUGUCACAUUUAAAUAGUCAAAUUCAACAACUUAAUAAUAAAAAUGAUGAUUUGAAAGAUCAACUGAACGCGAGUAACAAUAAAUUAAUAAAAGCAUUAAAGAAGUUAAAAGAGUUCAAAUCUAGUAACGAAGUGCUCUCUGCUGAACUCAAAAUAUCAAAGCAAUUAUCUCAAUCUACAUUACUGGAUACUGCAAUAGAAGAUGAGCUUAGAUUAAAUAUUCAGGAUUUGGAGAAGAAACUUGAAGAAGCUCAUAAUGAACUAAAAAAAGAAAAGCGUGAAAAAGAGUCCAUUAAAAAACAAAAUGAAGUAUUUAACAGUGCUAAUGAAAGAUUAACUGAUAUGAAAGAAAAAUUAGAUAACGAAAUUGAACUAUGGAAGUAUAAAUUUAAAGAAGCUAAUGAUAAGUUAUCAACAGUACAGUGGGAAGGAGAACCAAAAGCAACAUCGCAACCUUCAGUUGAAACGACUCCGUGGAGCGACGAAAGCAAGCUGAAGGAAGAAAUUGUAAAAAUAGAAAAGGAAAAUGAAGAACUUCAUUCUAUUGUAGAACAUUUAACCUUACAGAAUAAAGAUUUGCUGGAGAAACAAGGAAAACUACUGGUAGAGAUUCAAAAUCUGAAAAGCAAUCUAGAGCAGGUAUCGUCAUCUUGUGAAAAUUGUUCGGCUUUAAAACAAAAUAUACUAGAACUUCAAUUAAAGAACUCUGUACUCGAGAAAAUGAAUGUAUCGUUAAACGAAAAAAUACGUGACCUAGAAAUAAAUAUGAACGAGGCGAUAGAAGAACAUAAGAAAAUGAAAAUUACUUACGAAACAAGACAAGAAGAAGAUUUAAAUAAUAAGAUGGAAUUAGAAGAACGCUGCUAUAUUUUAGAAGAAAAACUGAAAAGCUUAGAACUAUCUGAAUCUGAAGCAAAUCAAAAAGUUGUAAACCUUAUUUCAGAAUUAGAAUCUAUCAGUAAAGAUAAAAAUAAAGAACAGCUUAAAGUCCAAGAGGAGGAAGAGUUUAUACAGGAACGUUCAGUACUACAAGAACAAUCUGCAAAACUCAACACGGAAUUGCAAGAGUGUUAUACAAAAAUUAUACAACUCGAAACCUUGAAUACUGAAUUAACAGGACACGAUGUAGUAAACCAAGAACAAAUAAACCAAUUGAAAUCAAAAUUAGAGCAAUUGAAUACCGAGAAUGACAAUUUGCUUUCGACUGUUGCUGAAUUACGUUCGUCGAUAUCCAGUGCUGUGGAUCAACGAGGUUUUGAAAUAGCUGAACUAUGGAAACAACAUUUAGCUCAAAGAGAGGCGGAUUUCCAAAAAACUGAACAUGAGCUCCGUGUCCAAUUGAGUGCCUUUGAAUCAAAAUAUGAACAAUUGUUGGAUAGUGUGCAGUCAUCAACACAAGAAGAAACUAAUAAAAUAGUCACCAUGGAACAAGUAACUUCAUUGCAAAAUAAACUGCAAGACAAAGAAGAACAUUUGCGAAAUUUACAAGAAAAAUAUGCGGAUGUAAUUAAUCAAAUAGAAAUUUUAAGGUCUGAAAUAGAAGAUGAAAAGGUUGCCUUUGAAAAUAAACUUCUUGAACAGCAAGAAGAAUACGAAAAACAGAUUAAAGAUCUUAGGACAGAGAAUCAAAGCUAUAAACAAAUGCAGGAACAAUCGAUACUGAAUAUUAAUGAAGAAAAUGCGCAACUUAAAAAAAGUAGUCAAGAAAUUGAGCUUCAAAACGAACAGUUACAAUUACGCGUUAAUGAUGCCGAAGCAAAAGUAUUGGAACUUACCCAUCAACUUGAAUUAAAAGAUAGUGAAAUUUAUCAAAAAACUCAUGAAUAUACCAUAACAUUGACGCAAAGAAAUGAUGAGUUCGAAAAUGUUAGACAGCAACUUGUGGAGUAUGAAAAGCGAAUCGAAGAUUUGACUUAUGAAAAAGAGUCUGAAUUAGCCAUUCUACGAUUGAAAAUGCAUGAAAAUGCGAAUCAUUAUGAAACUAUGCAGAAAGAAUCUGAAAUAGAAAGAGUGAAAUUAAUUGAAGAGCUCAAUGUUAAAAUUACUGAGUCCGUUAGUCUUAACAAGCAAGUGGCCGAAUUGAACAAAGCUCUUGAAGAAGAAGUGGCUAAAACUAACGAGAUGCAAACAGCUUUAGAAAAUCAAGAAAUUGAAAUCGUCACUUUGAAUGACGAAAUUACGAAUCUGCAAAACAUGGUCAGAGCGUCGAGUAGUAAAAUACAAAAGCACGUUUCGUUUGCUUCAGAUACAAAACAAGGUAGGGACGAACAGCUUGACAAUACUAUGAACAAAGAGCUUCUAGACGCAGUACCAAGAGCAGAAUUAGAUUUAGCUAUGUACAUGCUGCAUCAAAGAGAUGUUCGAUGUGAAGAACUUACCAUGGAACUGACUCAAUUGCUAGAAGAGAGGGACACGUUGCAAUUGCGACUUUCCGAUAGUUUGAGAUCGGUUGAGGAAAUGAAGUCAAAGUGCAAAGCUGUCGGUUUGGAUGAGUCAAUAAGUUCUAUUCCGGGAACGGUAUCGGAAUUGCCCAGCUUUAGUGUAGAAAAAGAGCAGCAGUUUGUCGAUACUCACAGAGGACAGACCUCACGGAGCAGUAGCGUCAGUGAUCCUGACGGAGACAAACCGAAGUUACAAGCCAAGCUGUCGGAACUUCGAAGCGUCAAGCACACUCGAGACGUGCGGCUCCGCCACGAGAGUGAGCAGCGGCAGUUGGACCUGCGCCUGUUGCAGCGCGACGUCGCCAACCUGCCGCCCGAGGCAGUCGAGCAGCUCGCGCAAGCCCAUCAUACACUUUCCCGAGACACGCAAAGUACGUCCACGGUUCUUCUGAAUUGGCUUCGAGGGAAGAGCACUCCAAAGGUUGUACACAUGUGAUUAAUGGUUUCCAAUGUUGUACUGAUUUAGUACAACGUUCUCGCACACCACCGUAACAAUAGGUAUCGUUUUAAUCUAUCGACGCUUGAAAGGCAAACGUGACAAUGCGUGAACUUUACAGUAGACUAAUUUAAAGUUGAAAUACCUGAAAAUAAAAUAUAUUUUAACGAAUCUAGCUGUAGGAUUGAAAUAAUUUUAACAGACCUAGAAAUAUAUUUUUUUUGCGCAUCGAAUAUGGUUAUAGCCUAUCAUUUAUGUAUAAAGCAGUUAUUGUCGCUUAGUCACGUUUGCCUUUCAAGCGUCGCUAUAAGUUUUUUUCUUCACGUGCUUCCGCGUUACGCUAAUAAAAAACCGUUAACGUCGGUAAGAUUUGAAUAAGCUAUACCACUGUCAUAUAUAAAAAAUGAAUACUAGCUUAGUUCUGUAAUAGUUACUAAACCUAGCCGUUUUGCAUAUUUAUGAAUUAUUUUGGCUGUUUGAUCUAGAAUAGCCACUAUCCCAUCUCUUCCCGUGUGCUUUUUGAAAUACGACUAAAAGUUUCGUUGGAGAAUCUGCAGCUAGCAACGUUCUCUAAGUAUUAUACCAGCGUAGUGGGAUUGCUAACUUGCCCGCGUAAGUACUUUCUGGUUGAAGGGUGGGACAACGGUUAUGCAAUAGAAGCUUCCACUCUUCAGCUCAUGUCUUGGGAUGGGUGAUGGAAUUCUCGUGUCAUAUGCAUAGGUGUCUGACUGGUGGUAGGACCUCUUGUGAGUCCGCACGGGUAGGUACCACCACCCUGCCUAUUUCUGCCGUCAAGCAGUAAUGCGUUUCGGUUUGAAGGGUGGGGCAGCCGUUGUAACUAUACUGAAACCUUAGAACUCAUAUCUCAAGGUGGGUGACGGCAUUUACGUAGUACAUGUCUAUGGGCUCCGGUAACCACUUAACACCAGGUGUACUGUGAGCUCGUCCAUCCAUCUACGUAAUAAAUAAAUAAAAAAAGGUUCCGGUAAUCGCUUUCCAUCGAGCUGGCCGUGAGCUGGGUUCAUCCAUCGACGCAAUAAUAAGUAUAAAUAGUGUAUGUCAUAUUUGUUUUAAUUAUAGGCAUAGUGUACUUUUUCAUAAAUAGCGUGCCACCACCAAAUAGGGCAUGAAUUUAAAGUGUUUGAAGAAACAUCGAUUUCUAAAUUUUUGCCACGCGUCAGUUUGCCCUCUGUUAAUAAUAUUUUUUGGCAGUUUCGUCUUGUAGAAUGUUUUAAUUGUAAAUGUUAAAUUUUUGUGUAUUACACUUGAUAAAUUCAAAAUACACAUUAUAAAGAUAUAGAAUAAAAUUUGAGAGUAUUUUAAAGUUCUGUCCAACUGUCUUCCUUUUUAAGUAUGAAACUGCCAAGUGAUUCAAUGUCAAGCUUGUCAAUAUUGUAUUAAUUAAGUUAAUAAAUUACGAGUAGGUGUAAUAAAGUUAUAUUUUAAUACAAGAAAAUGGGUUACAUUUUUCGUUUUCCAGUAGAAUUUUAUGUUUAUUUACUUUAAUGUCUUUGACAAGCGAUCGACUUAUUAACGAACGAACGAUACGAUUUGUCGAACUUUCUGUGUGAUUAGUGCGAGUUUUUUAACGUUGUCGAUAGCGUAAAGGUUAGCCCAAUUUUGUAUGCAGUUGGAACAGCGCCCCUAGCGGCAAACGUAAGCAAACGAUCCCAUUCCAUACAAAUUAUAUGAGCUAAAUUUUACGCUAUCGAGCACGUUAAAAAACUCGCACUAAGCACACUGCAUUCCUCUCCAUAUUAUAUUAACUAAAUUAAAAUACGCGUAUCCAAAGAAUAACAAAAAAUACGAUUAAAAUUAGUAGGUAUUACCCAGUAUAUUUUCAAUUAAAAUUUAUUUCUUAAUGGCAAUUUCAUUAAACAUCUGGUAAUACUGUAAUAUUGUUUUUAAAUUUCUAAGAGAUAAAAGUUUUAGACGAAACUAUGUAGAUGAAACUUUAAUUGGAUUUGUGAUUGAAAUGUGCCUUUUCUUUCACGACCUUAUAAACGUUGCAACGUGUUAGUAAUCCAAUUUCAAUAUUCCAUACGUUAUGAUAAGUAUAUUAAAAACGCUAUUCAAUUCAAUUCAAUGUAUGUAUAAUUUGUUGUAAAUAGAACGAGAAAUUGUUGUCUCGAACCUUGUUGUAUGUACAUGAAUAUUGUAAAUUUCAUUUAAUAUAAUGGUAUAUAAAUUAAAUAAAA